UACAUAUUAAGGUUAAAGAAUGGAAAACCAUAAUAAUGGGGAUGAGUUUCUUGAGCUACCAAUUGCCAAUGUUGAGAGAAUAAUGAAGAAGAUAAUUCCACAAAAGGGGAAGAUUUCAAAAGAAGCCAAGAAGACAAUGCAAGAAUGUGCAAAUGAGUUCAUUAGCUUUGUAACAAGUGAAGCAGCACAAAGAUGUCACUAUGAGAAUAGAAGAACUCUCAAUGGUGAUGAUAUUUGUUGGGCCUUUGCUUCUUCUGGUUUAGAUAAUUAUGCUGAGGUUUUUGCUAAGUACUUGCUUAAGUAUAGAGAAGUUGAAAGAAUCAAGGUUGAUGAAUAUAAAUGCAAAAUUACUCAACGACUACUACCACAAGAUGAUGAUGAUAAAGAACAAGAAGAUAAUCAUAGAUCUAUUGAUGGAGAGAUCGGUGAAACCUCUUCACCAAAUUAGCUCGCUUCUUUGUUUCUUGUUUUUUCUUUUGGUUAAGAUAGUUUAAUUUCUUGUUUAUUUCACAUAAUAAAGAAUGAGAAGCAUGAAUGUAAUGUAAUAGAUUGAAUACACUUUUUGGGAUAAAGCAAAAUAGAGAAAAUAAUUAUUAGUUAUUAUGUAACUGAUAUGAAAAGGAGAAAUUUUAUAAAAAGAAAAGUCAGAAAAAGUAUACUAUUUGAAAAUGGUUCAAAGAUAUCAUUAAUCAGCCCAAUUCCUGUA